UUGUGUCACAAUCAAUGGGAAAGCUGCAGACCUGUAUGCUUUUAUGGAAUGGUGAAGAAGCAUAAAUCUGUUUUGAACCAAUCAAAGAGCGUGGAAAGAGAGAGAGAGGAUUCCACUGUAGAUUAGAUAUACCCAAUCAUGAGCUUUAGGAACAAAAUCCAUUUCAAAAGUCGUUAGGUCUCUUUUUAGCAGAAAACCCAAAGGAAGACACUUUCCUUUUUAAAAAACAAACAAAACAAAACUAAAAAAAUCUUUCGCACAGUUUCCCUGUAACAGAGCGGGUCUUCGUUGAGAAUGCUGCUGAAAGUGGUUUUGCUGUGCCUGAUCUUUGCCUCGUGCCGGAGUGCUUUAACUUCCAGAGAAGAGCUUUUCCAGAAGGUGGUGGCCUGGCUGUCUCCAGAAGAGUCCUUUCUGAGCGACAGUGCCGUGGGCUCCUUUUUAAAUAUCUUGGAGAAGCGUGUGCACUGUCUCGGUGUGUCGUGUGGAAAGUGUCUUUCUUCCAAUGAUCUGCUUCAUCUUGCAAGAGGGAAUUCCACAGCAGCCAGUGGUUUCCACUCAGAGGACUUCUUCAAGGUUGCUGCUGGUUUAGUUUAUUACCUGAGUGAUCCCUCAGAAGCUUGCGCUGCUAUAAUGGAAAACCAGUGGGCCAGGGGAACAGACCACUUCAUUCAAAGCAUCAGAGCAAACAACAGUGUGGGACACAGCUUUGACCUGAGGCCAACUGAACUGCAUGAUCUGCUCUAUAAAAUCCAGAGUCAUAACCUACCAGCGGGCAAAGAUCAGCCCUGUGUGGAUGUAGCUCAUAUCCUUGAAGAAAGCACAGCUUCUCCUAGCAGUCAAUCCGCAGACAGCCUUCACGUCUUUGGGACUGUCGUUUACCACGUUCUCGCGGGGGACUGCAUACGCGUUCAUGGGCUACCGGAAGCAGAGUAUUUCCUGGAUUACAUUUUCAAUCGCUUUCAGAACGGAUCUGGGAACAUGACAUUGGAAGGUCUGUCAGAACUGAUGCUUCAUCUGGAACUCGGGGGAGAGGGGCACCAUGAGGAAGACCACCAGGGUCACGAAGAGAAUGGCAGCUCUGAUCACCAGCCCAACCACCACACAUGUUUCACUGCCAAGGAUAUUCUUGAGAUAUAUCACCUUGAUAACAGUACUGGAGUCUCGCGGACCCAGUUCACUCAGCUUAGCCCAGCACUCAUCCAACAAGUGCUGAGCCAAGCAUGUACCCAUACUCAUAGCAACACGGAUAGCACAGACUCACUGAGCACAGCAGAAAGGUACAUAUAUGGAUCGCUAGCAACACUGAUAAUCUGUCUGAGUGCUGUGUUUGGGAUUGUUGUCCUGGUUUGCACCUCCUGCAGCAGCCUUUAUCAGUACAUGAUCCAGUUCUGCAUCAGCCUGGCUGUGGGCUCCCUUACUGGGGAUGCCAUACUACACCUCAUACCUCAGUUCCUUGGUAUCCACGGGCACUCCAGCGCAGAGGAACACAACCAUGCUAAUGAGAGCCAGGACUACACCUGGAAGCUGCUGGCACUGCUCGGGGGCAUUUACCUCUUCUUCCUGAUGGAAAAGCUCUUCUCUAUCCUCGUUCACUCCCACUCCCAUCCUCCUAAAAAUGAGAUUAAAGAGACCCACCACUGUGACCAUGGGACUGUUCUGCAGAUUUAUCACAAUGAAAGAAAAGGGGCAAAGACUUCUUCUUCACAGGCUGACUUGAUAAACCCGGAGGAGAGCGAGAAGCAUCGCACCAGAGAGCAACGCCUGCUUCCAUACAUGAUCACUAUUGGCGACGGGAUCCACAACUUUGCAGACGGGCUUGCCAUUGGAGCUGCUUUCUCUGUCUCCUGGAAAUCAGGAAUCUCCACCUCUCUCGCUGUGCUCUGCCAUGAAAUCCCUCAUGAGCUGGGUGACUUUGCAGUUCUCCUCCAUUCGGGGAUCAGCAUAAAGAAAGCGGUCUUGCUGAACUUUGGCAGCGCGCUCACGUCCUUCAUUGGGCUCUACAUCGCCCUGUCACUGGCAGCCGAUCAGCUCGCCCAGCAGUGGAUUUUCACAGUCACCUCUGGGCUCUUCUUGUAUGUGGCCCUAGCAGACAUGCUCCCAACAAUAAUGCAUGUUGACACUAGGAGGCCCUGGCUUGUAUUUUUCUUGCACAACCUGGGACUGCUGAGUGGGUGGGGAAUCCUACUCCUCCUCUCAAUCUAUGAAGAAAAUAUCAGCAUCUGAAUCUACCAGCAACAAGGGCACUGUUAAACACCACUGCCCCACACAGGCAAACUGUUAAUGCACCACUCAGGAAAUGAUACUCGUUCACACAGUAGUUUCAAAAUGCUUUCAUGAAAUGCCUCCUACAAUCACAGUGAAACACUUCCCCUUGAUUGCUUGUUUUUAAAUCAGUGUGUAUUAUGGACAAUGAGCCAAAUCUCAUUAAUGACUUAUAUUGUCAUUGUUACCCAGAUUUCAGUCACUGCACAAGCAUUCAUCUAUUCAUUUAAUACAUGUGUUUCUGAGACAAUUUAUAGUAUAGUACAUAAUUUGUAUAUAUGUUUUCUUUUUGUAUCUAUAUAAUAUGAUUUUUGGAUUAUAAGGGAUAAUCUAUGCUCUAUUUCAGUGUGCAGUUAUUCUGUUCUAUUAGGUAUUACUAGAAUUUUUUGUUUUGUUUGUUUGAAAAAAGAAAUGGAAUCAUAGAUUCAGCAUUCAAGGACCAUGAUCCUGGUCUCUGGCUCUGUAACCAUGCGAUUCAAUAUGGAUUUCUGACCGAUAUACAGCAACCAUAUAUUGUAUUAAAAUAAAUCUACCUUGUUGUCA